AUGGCCAAUCACGACAUAUGUACCAAAACGAUGUGGGCACUUUCAGUCCCCUUAUGUAUCCUAUUGAUAUUGUUCGUGGCGCUAACAGCAUACGCCACUUAUAGUUUUCACAUAUUCGUCCCUCUGGCUCCUGCCAACAAUAUCGACUGUGAGCAAAUGUUCAACACGACAUCAGAGACCUAUUUGAGUUACAUUGAGAAUCGGACACUUUUAGAGCCAAGUCAGGAUGAUAGAAAUUGUUUUCAAAUCCGUCGCCGUCGAUACUUACCAGCGGACAUGCCAAAGUCAAUGGCAGGGAACCACAACAUGUUUUUUAUUCGGGUGGUGUCAAAGGACUACGACUUCGUGGAAGAAGUUCUAACCAUGAUGCAUUCACCAAUCCAUUUCUUCUGCUUUGCACUGGAUAUCACUGCAGACGCAUUGUUUAAAGAGAGGAUGUUCCGCCUCGGCGACUGUCAGGUCAACGUCCUUGUCCCUCGGCAACUGUUCAACACUUCUACUGCUCACGGAAUGCUCAGUGCUCAUAGAAAAUGUUUGAAGGAGAUUGAUGAGUUUGAAUGGAGGCAUGCAGUUAUCACGGCGGAGCACGACAUCCCUCUUCAUAGCACCAAGUUUUUAUCAAGAAGGUCGAGACGGUUGAGGGAUAUGGUGGAGAUUAAUGGAGUCCACUUCAAAGAGGAGACCCUACUGAGCGCAGACCCCAACGAUACUUCGAGUCAAUUAUACCAAGUAUCGCGUAACUGGAUCCAACACCUGUGCUCAGUGGCCACAAUUUCGCACUCCCAACACAAAACCCUUUACGAUUAUCUUUUGAAGACUCCAGAUUUUGAUCUACCAAACGAUUCGCAUCGAGAAACAUCUGUGGUUGAGAAGAAUUGUGAUACGAAGGUUUUCGAUGUGGAUGGAUCGUGUUUGUACGCAAUGGAGGACUUCCCGGCUAUUAGAAACACUACCCGCCUCUUCAUCCGUGCCGACCCUCACUACGACUUUGGUUUCGUCCAAUGCGUGCAUGAAGUUGUCUUCGAACGCACAUUCUUCGACCCUAUCAGCAAUAAGAACGCCAAUAAUUAUUUGUAUGGAUCUCACAAAAAUUUGAUUGACGACUACAGGAAUUAG